AGAAAAUGGGUUUUGGUAUAGAUCCACGUCACAGGCGAUUUUUUACCCCCCUUCUCUAAUGUCAAGUUUUGUUGUUUUUCACCUGUCAAUUUGCAAUUUACGGACAAUCACUCAGGCUGCAGAUCAAAACAUAUUUUUGUCUCUUAGUUUCUUUUGAUUUUAUCAUCAUACCCAUAAUCCACUUUCCUGGCUUUUCUAAAAUAGAUCAAAAAGUUAUACCCCUCGCCCUGUGUCGGUGCCCCGCAUCAGUUUUCAAUCGCAGAUCCAGUCGCACCUCGUGACUCGAUCUAGCAUCAACAAGGAAUUGGCUUCCAGGGCCUCCAUAUCUUGAGCCUCAGGAUUGCCCACCGCGAAUUGAGGACGACGCUACUGUGAGGUAGAAAUCGAUUCGCUCUUCCUGCCCAUCACAUAUUGGACAUUUCUGCUCUUUCGCCAUUGAGCAACAAACAUCGGCUCCGAAUCAUCACAGCCCAUCAGCAUCAUGGACAAGAUCACAGACAAGAUAGCGGCAUUGCCGCCAGAUGCCUCUUAUUUUUCCCUAGAGUUCUUCCCUCCAAAGACAGCCAUGGGUUUCUCCAACCUACGGGAUCGUCUUGACCGAAUGGCUCGCGCCCUUCGUCCCCUCUUUGUCAACGUUACUUGGGGUGCCGGUGGUUCAACCGCCCAGAAGUCUCUGGAGCUGGCAGAGAUCUGCCAGCGAGAACUUGCUUUGACCACAUGUUUGCAUCUUACUUGCACGAACAUGAGCCGAAAGCUGAUUGACAAAGCGCUGGAGGAUGCCAAAGCCUUGGGUAUCAGGAAUAUCUUGGCGCUCAGGGGUGACCCGCCUCGCCCGGGGGAGUACGCCAUUCCCGACGACUCGGAGGGAGACGUCAACGAAUUCACCUGGGCAAUUGAUCUGGUCCGAUACAUAAAGCUGAACCAUGGAGACUACUUUUGCGUCGGUGUUGCCGCCUAUCCGGAGGGCCACGCCGAGGAGAGCCAUCCAACCAACCAGAGUCUGGAGCAUGACCUGCCAUAUUUGGUGGAGAAAACGCAGGCCGGCGCCGACUUUAUAAUAACUCAGCUCUUCUUUGACAUCAGUGCAUAUGAAAAGUUUGAGAAGACCCUGAGAGAGCACCCAAGCGGUGCCUUCAAGGACAUCCCCAUCAUACCAGGGUUGAUGCCCAUUCAAAACUACCAGAUGAUCAAGAGGACGACCAAGCUCAGUCAUGCCAAGAUACCAGAUCCCCUCAUGGCACGUCUGGACGCGGUGAAGAAGGACGAUGAGCAGGUCAAGAAGGUUGGAGUGGAUAUCAUCAGCGAGUUGGUUGACCAAGUCAAAGAGGUCAAGAACAGAAGCUCUGGCCCCAAAGGCUUCCAUUUCUACACACUUAACCUGGAGAAGGCCGUUUCAUUCAUCGUCGAGCGUACAAACCUCAUCCCAGCGACUACACCAGAUGACGAUGAAGUCGCCGUUGUUGACGACGUAGCUUUGCCGUCUAUCCAUCUCAACGGCGCAACACCAGCCAAAGACCAUCUGUCGGUAUCGUCACUUCACCCGCCAACGCACACCAACUCCCGCAGACCGUCAACCAUCGGGUCCGAUCCGCGCAACCGUGUUAUUGUUAGCAGUGGCCGCCCAGCUUCCCACCCAGACUACGAAGCUACCGGGUUUGAAGCCAGCGUGCCCGCACAGGCAAUCAACAGCCGCGCCAACACCCUCGCCAUCUCUGAGGGCGAGGGCGUCCUGGGUAGGGAGGCAACUUGGGACGACUACCCCAACGGAAGAUGGGGUGAUGCUCGUUCGCCCGCUUACGGUGAAAUCGACGGCUACGGAGUCAGCUUGCACAUGUCGGGGACACAGGCCGUCCAACUCUGGGGCAGACCGGCUACAGUGGAGGACGUCAGCAACAUAUUCAUGCGCCACCUAAGAGGUGCACUGCCCGCCAUCCCAUGGAGCGAGGAGGAAUUCAACGCAGAGACCGAGACCAUUCGUGACACGCUGUUGGCACUCAAUUCGCGCGGAUGGUGGACCGUCGCCAGUCAGCCUGCCGUCAACGGUCUGAGAUCCAACGACAGGACUUUUGGCUGGGGUCCGCAGAAUGGGUUCGUCUUCCAGAAAGCCUUUGUCGAGAUGUUCCUGCCAAGCAAGGACUGGAAGGCGCUCCGCGAAAAGCUGCUGAGUGAAAAGGACGUUGUCUGCUUCUACGCUAGCAAUGCCAAGGGAGAUUUCGAAUCGUCGGAUGGCGGCGGCGAUGCCCCUGAUGGCGCCCCCACGGGUAACGGGUUUGCGGACGAGCAGCCACUCCCCAGCGGUAGCAGUACGAACGCCGUCACUUGGGGCGUUUUCCCUGGCAAGGAGAUCGUCACACCGACGAUCAUCGAGGAGGUCAGCUUCCGGGCCUGGAGCGAGGAGGCGUUUGGCAUCUGGGCAGAGUGGGCAAAGGUGUACGGAAAGGAUUCCCCGAGCGAGAAGCUGCUAGAGUCGCUGCGGGCUGACUUGUGGCUUGUCAACAUUAUCCACCAUGACUACAUCGAGAAGGAGGCUUUGUGGGAUUUGUUACUGAAAUGAUAAGUGUUGCGCUUUGAAGGGGCGACAGCUGGAACCAUAUGCCGGGGUAAACAAAAGGAAAUUCAAGGUAGCAAGGAAGCGCCGAUACCAUACGAUUCUUUCCAGGGUGCGUUUCGCUUGACAAGUGGAUGGAUGUUGUGGCGUCUUAAAGUGGCUUGAUUUAGGCAACUGUCAGAUACGGUGUAGUUGUGCAUUCUAUCGGCCGAGACGACUGUUGUUCGUGCCAAGAAACCGAUUGUGUCCCGGACGGAUGGCUCCAUCUCGAGAUCUCCCCUAUCGAGACCCCCACGAAGGAUCAUCUCAACUUUGGCUUGAUCAAGAUCUGAAAUAAUUACCCAAAUCAGAUUCUGAUAGACAGAGUUUGUUCGUUGGUUAAGUGGGGCCAAAGACCAGGCAUGUCGCCGUAUACACAUCCUGUCAAGUUUGCUGAGUUGUUGGCCAUGUUAGGAUAACCCAACCGAGACAGGCCCCGUUACGCUCUACGGUACACGUCAAAUCACAGGCAAGAUCAAAAUUUGUUGAUAGGUUGACCUUUGCCAGUUGGCCAAAGCAUCCCCCCAUGCACAUUGAUGGGGUUAGCCGUGCCCUACGGAGUAACGACAUAAACUCUUGGCAAGAUCGAAGCUAGGAAGGCGAUUCCGUGCAAAUGGCUCAGACACGGAAGCUGGAGAUGUUUCCCGCAUACGCCAUGGUGACAUUUUACCGAUGGGACGGGAUGGAAGAAAAAACAGAAAAAGAAUUCUGGCAGCGGGAGGCGAGGGAAAGGGGCCCCGAUCAAGCAAUGUGAAGAGUGGACCUUUGGGUGCCAUGAUGACCUUUAGCCGUAGUCGGAUUGGGACAAUGGCUUACCGGUAGUACUGUACAGUAGAAAAGAAAGAAAACAAAAUAAAAC